UUCAUUCCAAGUUGAAGUGCGGACUGCUCCAGUAUAAAUAGUCGGUCGGCCGCUGACUACCGUAUCAGUUCCUCACCCGCCUUCAAACUUGGAUUAACCACCUGUUCAGUAGCCCACAUCUACAAUGGCAGCUUACCAGAUCGCUUUCGUAGCCCUAAUGAUGGCCGUCCAUGCACUGGCCCAAUACCACCAUGCCCCCGCCUACCACCACGAGGAAGAGCACUACGCUCCCCCCAAGUACGAGUUCGAGUACGCCGUGAAGGACGACCACACCUACGACAUCAAGUCGCAGAAGGAGGCCCGCGACGGUGACCACGUGACCGGUGUCUACACUCUCCUGCAGCCCGACGGCAGGACCAGGAUCGUCGAGUACUCCUCCGACAAGAAGACCGGAUUCAUCGCCAACGUUCACUACGAGGGAGAGGCCAAGCCAUACGCCCCCGCACCCAAGUACGCUGCCGCUCCAUCCUACGCUGCCCCCAAGUACGCACCCGCCCCCGCCUACGCCCCACACAAGUACUACAUCGCUUUCGUAGCCCUUAUGAUGGCAGUCCAGGCUCUGGCCCAAUACCACCAGGCCCCAGCCUACCACCAGGCACCAGCCUACCACCACGAGGAGGAGUACUACGCUCCCCCCAAGUACGAGUUCCAUUACGCCGUGAAGGACGACCACACCUACGACAUCAAGAGCCAGCACGAGACCCGCGACGGAGAUGUCGUCAAGGGAGUCUACACCCUCCUCCAGCCUGACGGCAAGACCAGGAUCGUCGAAUACUCCUCCGACAAGAAGACCGGAUUCCUCGCCAACGUGAAAUACGAAGGAGAAGGCAAGCCCUACGCACCCGCCCCCAAGUACGCUGCUGCCCCAUCCUACGCUGCCCCCAAGUACGCACCCGCCCCCGCCUACGCCCCACACAAGUACUACUAG